AUGGAUAUGGAUUUGGAUGUACCCAUGCAUGAUGCCAUUGAGGACCAACAAUUAGGUCCAACGCUAGACGAAGAUAGAGAAACUAACAGUGCUGAUAACAGUGCUGGUAGUACGAAUGCAGGAAAUGUUGGUCAGACUCCUGGUUCAUUAGAAAUAGAUGAAGUGGAAGACUUACACGAUCCCGAUUUCAAACCUGGUUCAUCAGGUAUAGCGGAUCAAAAGUCGGCCAAACCAUUGGAACUGACAAACUCAACUAUUGACCAAUUAGAUAAAUGGAUCGAGUAUUUGAGCAAAUGUCAAGUUUUAUCUGAAGAAGAAGUUGCACGUCUUUGUAAGAUGGCAGUUGACGUUUUACAAUUUGAAGAGAAUGUUCAACCAAUAAAUGUUCCAGUUACGAUAUGCGGUGAUGUUCACGGUCAAUUCCACGAUUUGAUAGAGUUGUUUAAGAUUGGUGGGCCUUGUCCUGAUACUAAUUACCUUUUCAUGGGGGAUUACGUCGAUAGGGGUUAUUACUCAGUUGAAACGGUUUCACUUUUAGUUGCGAUGAAGGUUCGUUAUCCUCGUAGAAUUACUAUACUGAGGGGUAAUCAUGAAUCAAGACAAAUUACUCAAGUCUACGGAUUUUAUGAUGAAUGUCUACGGAAAUACGGUAGUGCAACCGUUUGGAAAAUGUUUACAGAUCUUUUCGAUUACUUCCCCAUUACAGCUCUGGUAGAUAAUAAAAUCUUUUGUCUACACGGUGGCCUUUCACCAAUGGUAGAAACGGUAGAUCAAGUUAGAGAAUUGAAUAGGAUACAGGAAGUUCCUCAUGAAGGACCAAUGUGUGAUCUGCUUUGGUCUGAUCCUGAUGACAGAGGUGGUUGGGGCAUUAGUCCCAGAGGUGCAGGUUUCACUUUUGGCCAAGAUAUUAGUGAACAAUUUAACCAUACAAACGAUUUAUCAUUAAUCGCAAGAGCUCAUCAAUUGGUAAUGGAAGGUUAUGCAUGGUCUCAUCAACAAAAUGUUGUGACGAUAUUUUCUGCGCCAAAUUAUUGUUACAGGUGUGGUAAUCAAGCUGCAAUCAUGGAAGUGGAUGAGAACCAUAACAGACAAUUUUUACAGUACGAGCCUUCAGUUAGACCUGGUGAACCAACUGUGAGUAGAAAGACCCCAGAUUAUUUCUUGUGA